CUUAUCUUCUCCGUCUUCAAGACGCUGACAGAUCAACGAGUAACCGUCGAGUUGAAGAACGAUCUCUCGAUUACCGGAGUCUUGAAGUCGGUAGACCAAUUUCUCAACAUCCGUCUAGAUUCGAUCAAUGUACUGGACGAGGCGAGACACCCACACAUGAUGGCGGUGAAAAACUGCUUUAUCCGCGGUUCCGUUGUGAGGUAUGUGCAGCUCCCUGCAGAACACGUCGAUACUCAGCUGCUGGAGGACGCAACCCGACGAGGU